CCCCCCCAAGGAGCAGAUGCGAUGCGAAGGCGAUGUCACGGCCCGCCACCCCCGCUCGCUGCCCGACGCGCGUAUGGCGACGUGCUCAGGGUGCAGCCGCGGCCAUCUACACCAUCCAGUACCUCUGAUCAGGUGAGAUGCCCGAUCGAUUUUGCCAUCUGCACCUCAUUCAUCCCAUGCACAUCAGGUGCUUGUAUUUUUUUUCAAACAAAUUCAUCUAGAUAGACGACUAUUCCUCUCUCCUGCUCGUUGGGAACGGGCUCAUGGCGGCGUUGCGAUGCGGGGAUGGCUGCUGCGGCGGGAGUUUGAGUAAUGGGGUCCUUCGAUUCGUGAUGACCGUUGGCCGCCGGAUCACUCCAGCACCACCACGCCGCGGCUCAGACGACCUCGCCGCCGUCGCGACGCACGGACGACCCAUCCCCCUCCCGCGGGUGAGGUGCCGGUUGGCGACCGGCGACCUCCCAGCCUGCGGACCGACGGCGGCUCCCUUGCCCCAGCCCGACAGCAGCGACAGCGGCGAGCUCCCACCCGGCGGGUCGACGGCGGUUAGAUUCUUCGACAGCCAGCGCAAGUGGCGCCCCACACCCGGCCACCUCCCUGGGAGGCUCGACUGACACCGGCGCUCCGACCUCGCCUCCACGACCACGUAAGUCGUCCCUUUGCAUGGGAUGAUGCUGUGUUUCAAUUGGCUCCGACUCCCUUCAUCUUCGAUCACCGUGAAGCCACCAGUCAAGCUCAUCUGUUGUUUCCUUUCCGCUUGGUGGCCUGUGCCCUUGAACUGCUCGAUGAAAUGCCCCAAGGGCCCUGUUACCUGAUUUUGCAUUGGUUCACUGCAUCUGCAUGGUUUCAGGCUUAACAUACUGUCAGUCGCAAGGAGUAUGCAGGACCUAUAACUGUAAACAGUAUGCUGGAUCUGCCUGCGAUGAGCUGAAGCAUGUCAGGCAAGCAGUUGCCCCCUUGAUACUUGAUGAUAGACAGAAUCCUGAUACUUCUUGUUUGGAUCAGGGGAGAUCACCAAUGUCAUGGAGUACCAGCUACCAGGCCAUCGAGAAGCAAAAGCUUAUAAAUAUUAUUAUCUACGACUACUAUGUGUCCGACCCUGAGGACGAGUGGACGCUGCAGGUGAACAGGGAGGCAUGUGAGCUCCAUCUCCUUCACUGCCUUUGCUACUAUAUCAUGUAUAUAUUACUAUGCUUCAGCGGGUAUAGGAGCAGCAGUUCAUGAGAUAAGGUGACUGAGCCAGUUAAAUUAGAAGGGGGUGGGGAAAAGGGCCAUUAGUAGUUAUGUUCAUUGAUCAGUCUCCACUAUUCCUUUUGUUACUAUAAAAUCUUACUUAUCUAUUUAGGGUCGAAUUGUACAAGUUUAUUUAUUUGGAGAACAUGUUUGUGAUUUUUUUUGAAAAAUGUUAACUUUAUAAUUGAGACUAUUGAAGUAAUUCUCCUUGGCA